AAAGAAAAGGGAGAAAGUGCAAUUUAUUUUAGUUCAAAGUAGUGCCGCCAGUCGCCUAAUUUACCUGAUGGCGGGUGAAGUUGCGGCGGCGGAGGUUACCGGCGUCAAGCACUUGAGUUCGGCUGAAGCUGCGGCGGAGGAGGAGAAGCUACGUCUUCUCCGCGAAGCCGUCCAUGCGCUGCCAGUGAACGCCGUCAAAGAUUUAUGGUCCAUUGGGGCAUGCGUUCGAUGCAUUUUUCGACUAUUUGGACUUCACGAACUCAUGUGUUCACAUCCUUCACUCUCAAUAUCAAAGUGGUGUGAUAUUUUAGAAGAUGUAAUGAGAAAGAAAGAUGGAGAAUUUAAUGAGCAAUCACAUCAAGAACGAUCAAGGGAGACAAACUUUUGCAAAAUUUGCUUAGGCAUUUUGCAAUUUCUCUAUUAUGAUGAUACUGGAACUUUAUUAAAAAAGUAUAGUGCCGAUGACUUUGCUGUAGUAAUUUCUGAACUUGUAAAGCAACAAUAUCAACAAAUUGAUAGUUUUUCUCUUGAAGUCUCAUUACCUUCGUCUGUAACAGAAAAUGAUCAAGCAGUUUGGUUGUAUAUGAAAAAUAAGUUCCGCCAUGAACUUUGGUUCCAAGAGAAGGCUGAAUGUCAAUUCAUUUCUACAAAAGACAUCUUGAAACUAUUAGUGAUAAAUCCAUUACAAAGAUUGUUGGGUGUAAAAUCUUCUCAAAGUUCUUUUCGCGUUCGCUUAACAUACUCACAUUCUGAUGCAUUAACAAGAGAUGACGUUCAGGAUGGGAAUGGAGGAAAUAAGAGGAGGAAAACAGACAAAGCAGGUUUCACUGGUGACCUCAAGACAACUGGGGAAUCUGUUACUCCCCAUGUUGAGUCUUCUGAUAAUCAUAUUGUUGAUGGAGAUGGACUGACUAAAGUUUGUCCCAAGGAGUCCCAAGAUCUCAGUUGUAAUAACUUAAUGGCUCAGUUAGAUAAGGUCGGUAAGCCUUGUUGUCUGACCAUUCAUUGCUGUAGAAGCUCUACAUAUAUUGGAGGGAGAUAUCUUAAGUAUUCAAGAAAUGUGAGCCAGACACGCUGGGUUAUUGAUGAUGAACGAAUGGGAGAAGCAUCCGUUGAGGAAAUAAUAGGUGGGGCCAUCCUUCCUAUCUUCCAGGGUGACAAUUAUAAGUUUCAUGCUGCCGGUAGGGAGGACAUUGAUGUUCGGAUGCUGGGUACAGGCCGUCCAUUUCUGGUAGAGAUACAAAAUGCACGCCAAGUCCCUUCUGAAGCGCUCAUAAAAGAAAUAGAGAGGAAAAUUAAUAGUCUAGAAAGUCAUUACGUCCGGGUUAAAAAUCUCAGAGCUGUAGGCAUUCAAGGGUGGGACCUCAUGCGUGAAGGAGAGGCAGAGAAGCAGAAGCAGUACGCUGCAUUGGUGUGGAUUUCUCGUCCUGUCAGUGAUGAAGAUUUGCAAACUAUAUCAUCACUAAAGGAAUUGAAAGUUGCUCAAAAAACGCCUAUAAGGGUUCUUCAUCGCCGAAGUCCAUUGGAGAGAGAGAAAAUUAUACAUUGGAUGCAAGCGGAGAGGGUAUCUGGAAGCUCACAGUAUUUUCUACUGCAUUUGUGUACCCAGGCUGGGACAUAUAUCAAGGAAUUUGUUCAUGGGGAUUUUGGUCGCACUCAACCCAGUAUCGGUUCAAUUCUUGGUUGCAGAACAGAGAUACUGCAACUCGAUGUUACGGAUGUGAAAAUGGAUUGCUUUCAGGAAGAAUGAAAGAACUAUAAUAUUCUUGGAUCCAGGAAUUUGCAUUUGAACAUUAGUUUUACAUCCCUCUUUUGGUGCAACAUUUGUAUGCAUCAUAAGAUCAGAUUUUCUACUAUUUAAUAUGUAUUAUGAAGCAUCUGCAAAAUCAGUUGAUCAUAAUACGUAAUUUUGAUGCCAUAACAUUUGUAUGGCUCUGCACGCUUCUCGUUAAGGGUAAAACGAAACGUGUAAAGUUAAUUGUUUUAAAUAUAGAAAUUAUGUCAUUCUUUUUGUAA